UGGGCGUUCUGAUCGCGGCGAAGAGAUGUCGGACCCUCUGCCGGUGUGGUUCGCGGUGCAGGCGGAGCUGCUGGGCCACGAGGAGGAGCUGGACUCGCAGUCUCGGAGCUGUUUCGACUGUUACGACGACGCCACUUUGUUCGAGUUGUUCCACCUCACGCGCGCUUGCGUGGAGUUCGUGGCCGACAUCGUGCGCGGCCGCAUGAAGAAAUUCCUGCUCACCUCGUUGUCCUUGGACGCGAUGAUCAUGACGACGCUCAACUUUUACGCGCGCGGCUCCCAUUCCGCCGCCCUGAAGAAGCGCUUCGACCUCAAGACGGACUGCGACGACGUCGUGUUCACCGUGUCCGAGGUGGUGGCCGCCAUGUCCGAUCAGUUCAUCUCCUUCCCGCAGACGCGCAAAGCCAAAAUCGACAUGGCCCACAUGGUGGAGGACUUCUGCGGCAUCCCGGACGUGCUGGGCUUGCUGGCCCCGGCUCACUUCAAGAUCACCCAAGGACCGCUCGACUUGCACUUCAACUCGCUGGGCUACGCGUCCGUGGUGUGCCAGAUGAUUUGCGACCUGGACGGAAACAUCCUGAGCGUGGAGCAGUGUUGCGCCGGCGGCACGCGCGAGCAAGAUUUGUGGGGCACGUCCAUUAGAGGACGAGAGAUCGAGGAAGAACUCUAUGGACAAUACUGGGUCAUAGGAGGGGACGGCUACGACUUAAGCAAACGCGUCCUGACCCCCGUGCCUGAACCUCAAGACGAGGCGCAGAGGAACUUCAACGCGGCCCACGCCAAGAUCCACGCCGCGGCCCAGAGCACGCUGCGCUCCCUGAAAUGGCGUUUCAGGUGCUUGACGCAACUUGGCUUCGAGCAGCACAAGUUGACCAACAUCAUCAAGGCUUGCUGCGUCUUGCACAACAUAGCCAAGAAGUUCUCGGUCCCCCUGCCAUUGGGAGAGGACCAAUUUGAGGACCCCCAGCCGAGGAACCCGCGCAGUGAUUCGGCCGGGAUUUGCCCAGAUGUCCUGAGAGCUCGACAGGAACUCAUCGAUUAUCACUUCUCCGUGAUAGCUUGUCAAGAGGAACUAGAAUGACGACGCCGCAUUUAAAGAAAAAAUUUUUUUGCCCCCCCCAAUGCGGGAAGUAGGACAUUCCAAUAUUCUUGUGACGCCAGAAGGAUUUCUGGCGCAUCUUACGCCAGGCAAUUCAUUAGGUCCACCAAGAUCCAGUACCGGAAUCGAUUUAUUUUCUCUUUGUAAAAAUGAAUUUCUUGUCUUGGAUCUCAGCUUGAGGUGAGACAGUUUAAUGCUGAUAUAUCUUCUCCCCAAGUGGAAAAAUGUUUCCAAAGCUCAUGUCAUUGUCAAUAGAAGAUUUGGAAACGUUCUUUGGUGUGUCAUUUCACAACCAAGUGCCAUCCUGUUUCAGAUUGCCGUUUUGUGAAACUCUCGCAGCGCCGUCGCGUUGGCAUAAAUGACAUCCAGGUUCUGGGAAAUGUUUUCAUCGCUCUCCCCUCGAGACUGCAGACAGUCCAUGAUGCACCGGUGCAGGAAAACAUACUGGGACUGCAAAGAGAGGAGACUGAGAAUCCA